UUUUCUCCAGUGGAGGGCACUCAGUGUAUCACAAACGAAAGCAUUAGCACCAACAAGCUCCGAGCACCAUCAGUCUCAGGGAAAGCCUUCGGAAUUAGACAAGAGCUGCCUCUCAGCCAAGCUACAAAGCGCUCUAGACCUGCCCUGCUCAAUGGAGAAACCGAGUCUGUCUCCCUUCUGAAAUCCCCUGGCUGGGGUGGUCUCCCCUCCAGCCCCCGGAGGGAGGCCUACUUGCUCCCAGAAGUGAGGGGGGGCCCCAGAGGAUGCCUGGCUGGAGCUGGGCAUGGCCAAAGGCAGCGCCAUAAGGAAUGCCAGGUACUGGGGGGAAGCUCUUCAGAGAAGUUGGUUGCCUUCCCUGCGAUGUGUUAGGGCCCCUCCACAGGGAUUGUCAAUUUCAGCCUGGGGCCCUAUGGUCAAUUACACAAUGGCCCUUAGAGCCUAGAGACUCUUCCCUCCUCCCCUCCCUCCCCCACCUGCUUCCUCCCUCCCCCUUCCCCAACCCCCAUUUCUUUUUUUUUCUUUUCUUUCUUUUCUUUUCUUUCUUUUUUUCUUGUCCUCUCUGGGGAACUUUGUGUGGGUUCCUGGCACACAUGCCCGAUCAUGAUGGUUGUGAGUGACAGCUGUACCCAUGGCAUGAAGGCUGUGGUGGAUUAAAGACCAAGAGAGCCAGCAAGAAGAGACCUGAGGGAGAAAGGAAGGAAGGAAAGGAAGAAAGAGAGGGGGAGCUGCUUUUGGAUGACAAAGGAUGGGUUUCCAUUUAAUUAAGCAGCUGCGAGGCAUGAGCGUGGUACUGGUGCUGCUGCCCACAGUCCUGCUUGUGAUGCUCACGGGUGCCCAGAGACCUUGCCCCAGGAACUGCAGAUGCGAUGGGAAAAUUGUGUACUGCGAGUCUCACGCCUUCGCAGACAUUCCCAGGAACAUUUCGGGUGGCUCCCAGGGCUUAUCGCUGCGAUUCAACAGCAUCCAGAAACUGAAAGCCAGUCAGUUUGCGGGGCUCAAUCAGCUCGUGUGGCUCUAUCUGGACCACAAUUACAUCAGCACUGUGGACGAGGACGCCUUCCAGGGGAUCCGCAGGCUGAAGGAACUGAUUCUGAGCUCCAAUAAAAUCACGCACCUGCACAACAAGACAUUCCACCCGGUUCCCAACCUCCGGAACCUGGACCUCUCCUACAAUAAGCUCCAGUCGUUGCAGUCGGAGCAAUUCAAGGGCCUCCGCAAGCUCAUCAUCUUGCACCUGAGGUCCAACUCGCUGAAGACAGUGCCCAUCCGGGUUUUCCAAGACUGCCGGAACCUGGACUUUCUGGACCUGGGCUACAACCGCCUGCGGAGCCUCUCGCGCAAUGCCUUCGCUGGCCUCUUGAAGCUGAAGGAGCUCCAUCUGGAGCACAACCAGUUUUCUAAGAUCAACUUUGCUCACUUCCCCCGACUCUUCAACCUUCGCUCCAUCUAUUUGCAGUGGAAUCGCAUCCGCUCCAUCAACCAAGGCUUGACGUGGACUUGGAGCUCUCUGCACAACUUGGAUCUAUCAGGGAAUGACAUCCAAGGGAUCGAGCCAGGCACUUUUAAGUGCCUGCCCAACUUGCAGAAGUUGAAUCUGGAUUCCAACAAGCUCACCAACAUCUCUCAGGAGACUGUCAAUGCCUGGAUCUCUUUGAUAUCCAUCACCUUGUCAGGGAACAUGUGGGAAUGUAGUCGGAGCAUUUGCCCCCUCUUUUCUUGGCUUAAAAACUUCAAGGGGAAUAAAGAGAGCACAAUGAUCUGUGCGGGCCCCAAGCAGAUCCAGGGGGAGAAGGUGAGCGACGCGGUGGAAACCUACAACAUCUGUGCCGAAAUCCAGGUGGUGGUGACCGAGAAGUCCCAUCAGGCCCCACCAACGCCCCAGAAACCUCUGGUGGUUCUCAAACCCACCAUUUCCAAACUGGAAACAACCCAAGCGACUCCAGUCACCUCGAGCCCUUCCCCGGGUUUUCCGAUGCCUGGCGCAGAGCCAGAGUACGAGCACGUGUCCUUCCACAAGAUCAUUGCUGGCAGCGUGGCCCUCUUUCUCUCGGUGGCUAUGAUCCUUUUGGUGAUCUACGUGUCUUGGAAGCGUUAUCCCGCCAGCAUGAAGCAACUCCAGCAGCAUUCUCUCAUGAAGAGACGCCGGAAAAAGGCCAGGGAAUCUGAAAGACAAAUGAACUCCCCUUUACAGGAGUAUUACGUGGACUACAAGCCAACAAACUCUGAGACCAUGGAUGUAUCAGUUAAUGGAUCGGGGCCUUGCACAUACACCAUCUCUGGCUCCAGGGAAUGUGAGGUCCCCCACCAUAUGAAGACGCUACCCUAUUACAGCUACGAUCAGCCGGUCAUCGGGUACUGCCAGGCUCAUAAGCCCCUCCAUGUCAACAAGGGAUAUGACACGAUUUCCCGGGAGCAAGCUGAGACGACCAACCUGGAGCUCAGUCGAGACCAUAGCUUCAUUGCCACCAUUGCUCGCUCUGCAGCCCCAGCCAUUUAUAUUGAAAGAAUACCCAAUUAAUGCUGAAGACCAUUUCUCAUGGGCGAGGGGGGAGGGAGGGAGAGGGAGGGCUUUCACUUUAAAGGAGAACUGGGUGUGAGCUCACAGCCACCCAUACAGUUCCUGCCACCAACAUUAUGCCAGGAAGAGAGACUGAAACAGUACCACCUUCAAGGCAGAGGACUACUCUAGCAUGGCAGGAAUGACCUGUAUGGUUCAGCAGGGAAAACUCCUGGAUUUUUUCUUUUGCUUUAAAACUCAAAAAGACAAAACUCUUGGAUGUAAAUAAUAAAGAAAGAUUGUCAAGUUCUUAUUAAAAUAGAUUUCACUCUAGCUACAUAAAAGAAUGGAUUAAGAGAUCUGUUUGUAUAUCUGAUUUUCUACACUGCACGGUUCCUUGGCUAGUGAACCACAGGCAAAAUUAAGGGUGGGGGGCGGGAUGAGGGAACACAAUACAUGAUUUCUUUGUUAAGUGUUUAUUACUCAAAAAACUUUGUUUCAAUUGAUUUUUCUUAAACUAUGUUUCUUUUUGCUUGAUUUUUCUUUUAUUUUUUUGUCGUGUUUCUAUUUCCAACUCUGAUCAUGGGCAUUAUGGCUUGUGCUGGACCUAAAGGAUGCUAACAUUGGCACAGGACUCAAAGAAGUAUAGACGAUGACUGACUGAAAAGGGGGGAUGAAAACACAAGUGGAAACAAAAACCCAAGGUGCAUGUCCACUCGAGAUGUCUGCUGGAAACUGGGACAAGUCUUGGAGUAUUUUUUCUCUUCAUUACACUUUGCUGUGAACACAGGUCCAUUUUCCUGUUCUAUCAACAGGAAGGAGAACACCAGGCACCUCACUACAGAUAAAAACUGGCAUAUCUAUUCCUUCCUGGAUUGAGUGGAUUCAUGGGAAAUUUAUCGUGUGUGCAUUGAACACUCCUAUAGAAAGGAAAAUGUGUAACAUGGAUUCUGUUUUGUUUGUUUUUAAUUAAUUAUCAGUUAGCUUUUGUGUAGUUUUUAUCAAUAAAAGGAAAAAAUAGUGGUGGAAAAAUAAACAUAUUAUUUUGUGGUUGGGACACCACAGCCAACCUAA